AUGGUUGUUCCGCCGUCUACUGGUGGUGUUGCACCAGCCACUGCGACCGUCAAAACAUCCUCAACCCCUCGAGCGAACGGUGUCGCGCCCAAUGUGGCCACUCCGGCAUUCCCUUACAGUGCUCGCCGUGCUCAACCUCUCGACCUGCGAACCGUUGAGCGCAAAGGCCAUCCCUCCAGUCGCGAUCCUCCCACAAGAUCGCGGCCACAUGGCAUACCCGAAGCGCCGACCUUCAGGCCGACGGAGGCCGAAUUUCGAGACCCGAUGGCAUAUAUCCGAAGCAUUGCAGAAAAGGCUAGCAAAUACGGAAUCUGCAGGAUCAUCCCUCCAGAUAGUUGGAAUCCCGACUUUGCCAUCGAUACGGAGCGUUUCCAUUUCCGAACUCGUCGCCAGGAGAUCAACCUUGUCGAAGGAGGCAACCGAACAAAUCUCAACUAUCUAGACCAACUUGCCAAGUUUCACAAACAGUACGGUGCCCACCUGAAUCGCUUCCCUAGCGUCGACAAACGGCCCCUCGAUCUCUACAAACUCAAGAAGGCCGUUGAGAUCCGAGGCGGCUUCGAGCGCGUUUGCAAGGACAAAAAAUGGGCAGAAAUCGGACGCGACCUGGGCUACAGCGGGAAGAUCAUGUCAUCGCUAUCGACGUCGCUCAAAAACUCCUAUCAAAGAUGGCUGCAUCCAUAUGAAGAAUGGCUGAAAUACGCAAAGCCUGGUGUUCAAAUGCAGCUCGAAACUGAGCAAGGAGGAGCAUAUCCGCCACCCCUUGCACCUCAGCACCAUGCAAUGACCCAUCAUCCGCCACCACCACCACCACCACCGCAGUCCGCUCCUCCGAGCAUAGGUGCAGCCUCACCCAGGGUGCAGCCUGUCGCUGUCGAUGGUUCUCCCAUGCAGGCUACUUCCGGACAGACGCAACCACCGCCGCCACCGCAACCUAUGCCAACAACCUCAGCACCCACCCCCCAGCCUAGACCUGUAUCCUCUUCCGGCUUUACGGCCGUCAAUAGUGGUUUCGCUGCCGUCAAUAAACCUUCGGGAUUUACUGCAGUCAACACUCUUCCGCCUCCUAUUGUGAAAAAGGAGGCAAAUUGUGUGCUUCCCGCGACGCAAAGCCCGGCUCCAUCUUUCCUGCCGAUCAAUGGUCCCACUAUUACCACCAUACAGUCUCAAGGUCCGGCUAUGCCAAAUGGGACCCCGAACCCGCUCAAGAGGGCCAUGAGUCAUGAUAGCCUGAACGGUGAAUCUGGUUCAGAAGGCUUGGACGGCGACAUGGAUGGGCCGAAUGGCCGGCGAAACAAGCGACCCAAGAAAGCAGAUGGACUCCCCACGAUUCCUGGAAACCACGUUCCGGCGAUGCGCUCUGCUACUCCUCAGACUCGGCCCAAGCCGCUACCACGGAGGCAGGGCGACAAGUGCGAGAAAUGCGGAAAGUCCGACAACAAGGAAAAUAUUCUGGUGUGUGACACAUGCGAUCUAGGCUACCAUACGCAUUGCAUCGACCCGCCUUUGAAGCAGAUACCCGACUAUGAUUGGCACUGCUCAAAAUGCCUGGUUGGUACCAACGAUUACGGGUUUGAAGAAGGCAAUAUCUACUCCCUGAAACAAUUCCAAGAGAGGGCCAGCAACUUCAAGGACCACUAUUUCGGCUCGCGAAUGCAAUUCGACCCAAUCACAAAUACGCAGAAGCGACCCACCGAGGACGAUGUUGAGCGGGAAUUCUGGCGCCUCGUGGAAGACAUCACAGAUACGGAGGAGGUCGAAUAUGGCGCGGAUAUUCACUCGACCACGCAUGGCAGCGGGUUUCCCACUGUAGAAAAGAAUCCCCUGAACCCGUACUCGAAGGACCCUUGGAACCUCAACGUCAUGCCUUUCCUGGAAGAUUCGCUUUUCAGGCAUAUCAAGGGCGACAUCUCUGGGAUGACCGUGCCUUGGUUGUAUGUCGGGAUGUGCUUCUCCACGUUCUGUUGGCAUAAUGAGGAUCAUUAUGCAUACUCCGCCAAUUACCAACACUUUGGUGCAACUAAGACAUGGUAUGGCAUCCCCGGUAAAGACGCUCACAAGUUUGAAGAUGCCAUGAGAAAGGCGGUGCCAGAAUUGUUCGAGACACAACCUGAUCUGUUAUUCCAACUGGUCACCAUUCUACCGCCGAGCCAGCUGCGGAAAGCUGGCGUGGAAGUCUAUGCGCUUGAUCAACGUGCAGGACAGUUCGUCAUCACCUUCCCGCAAGCCUAUCAUGCUGGCUUCAACCACGGCUUCAACUUCAAUGAGGCGGUCAAUUUCGCCCCAGCGGAUUGGGAACCCUUUGGCGAAGCGGGAGUACGUCGACUUCAAGAAUUCCGUCGUCAGCCGUGCUUCUCCCAUGAUGAACUGCUCUUCACCGCAGCAGCCUCAGAUGCUACGAUCAAGACAGCCAAAUGGUUAGGACCAGCGUUGGAGCGCACUCGAGAUCGUGAGCUCGAGGAACGCAAAGAGUUCGCGGCUCUGCACCAAGCUCUGUCCCCGCACAAUUCAUGCACAUUCGAUACUCUGGCGCUUGAGCCGUCCCCUGCCUGUGGGCUCCGUGUCCAGGUCGAGAAUAUUGAACUGGAAGAGGAGGAGUAUCAAUGUUGCUAUUGCAAGGCAUUUUCCUACCUCUCACAAUUUCGGUGUCACGUCAGCGGCAAAGUGAGCUGCCUUCGCCAUCCCAGAGAAGCCGAUUGUUGCUCGGAGACUCUGCAGGAGAGAAUGCAGGGUCCCAACCAUAGCCUCAUGUUGCGCUAUACCAACCAUGAGUUGGAGACGGUGGUUCAAAAGGUUGUGGACAAAGCUAGUGUCCCUGAGGCGUGGGAAACAAAAUUGGAGUCUCUGCUUGCGGACGAUGCUCGCCCUCCGCUCAAGGCCAUGCACACUCUGCUGACUGAAGGGGAAAAGAUACCCUAUCCGCUGAAUGGCCUAGAUGACCUCGCCGACUUUGUGAAGCGAUGUGACCAGUGGGUGGAUGAGGCGAAUCUUUAUCUGACUCGGAAGCAGCAAAACAGACGCAAGAACGAGAAAGCAUGGCGGCGUUCGUCCAUUCGGACAGGCAAGACAGAUGAGAGAGACGAACCACAGCUGACAUUGGAACGCAUGAAGGAGUUGAUCGACGAUGGAGAACAGCUUGGGUUCAGUGCACCGCAACUCGAAUUGCUCCAGGAAAGAGUGACAGUCAUUGAUGAAUGGCGGGCGAACGUUAAGCGAGUCCUGUCAGGCCUGCAUCAAGCAACCACGCAGGAACUGGAAACCUUACUGGAGGAGGGACGCUCAUUCUCGGCUGCCAUGCCUGAGCUCACGAGUCUAGAGAAAGUCCACGCGCGUACGCAAUGGCUUGAGGAAGUCCGACAGGUACAAGAAGACGUGCAGUCCAAAACGCUGGACGAAUGUCGGGCUCUUCUGAAACGAUGUGAGGAAUUGGACAUUUUGCCGCAAGUGCCCGAGGUUAUCUUCCUGACGGAAGUGGUACGCCAGGGCGAGUUCUGGGAGAUCAAAGCCAAAGAAGUGAUGGCAGCUGAGGAUGUCCAUUAUCCGCAGCUUGAGUCGCUUCAUUCACAGGUGCAGAACCACGUCUUCCCAGUCAACAAGGACACUCUGGAGCAGAUGGACCUGAUUCUGGCCAAGAACCGCGAAGCAAAGCGUCAAAUCAUCACGCUGGUGGAACGCAGCCACGACCCCGACUUCCGCCGGCGGCCAUUAUACACUCAUGUCCGCGAAGUCGUGAAGAGCUUAGAGGAUUUGAAUGGAAAGCCCCAUGGAGCAGCCGAUCUGGAGAAAGAAUUGAGAAGACACGAGGACUGGAUGAGGAAAGGUAAGAAGUUGUUCGGCAAGGCCAAUGCACCUCUUCACAUCCUCGAGCAGCACAUGAAGUUUGUGGAGGAGAAGAACAACUUCUGCUUUGACCUCAACGACACCUUUCGACCGCCCAUCGAACCCGCCUCCCGAGAAGCGACACCGGCCGAGGGUCCUGACAAGGGCACGCUUGGGGACGACGAGAAGCCAGUCUUUUGUAUCUGCCGGCAGCCAGAAGCGGGUCUCAUGAUCGAAUGCGAACACUGUCGCGACUGGUACCAUGCCAAAUGUCUCAAACUAGCCCGAGGCAAAGUCAAGGAAUGUGAAACGUUCACUUGUCCGAUUUGUGACUGGCGAGUCAAGAUCCCGCGAGACGCAGCGCGUCCGAAGCUCGAAGAUCUUCAGAACUGGCAGGACGAGAUCAUUGACCUCCCCUUCCAACCGGAAGAAGAGGAGCUGCUGAGGAGGAUCAUUGACAAAGCUCAGGCUUUCCGGGACUUCCUUACCAAAUACACCAAGGGCAACCAACUCUGCCAGACGAGUGAAGAAAUGCCGGAGAUGUUGUUCUAUCUUCGCAAACUUGAAGGGGCGGAAGUACUGCUUGCCUAUGAGACCAAUCUUUUCCGACAAGAGCUGCACAAGUGGAAUCCCAUUGCCCCCAUCCCGCCGCCCAUUCUGGACCAGAGUCUAUCGACACGCAAGCCUCGACCUACCAAGCAACAGAAGUUGAUGAAGGAGCUUGGAGUGGAAAAACCUGAGGAUCUCCCUCCACAUCUUCGAAGCAAAACAUACGUGCGCAGAAAGACGCAAGAGUCAUUCAUGACCGGUCCUCUGUUACCCAAGCCUAGCACGCAGUCACCAUCGGCUCCAGGCUCAGCUGCCAGUCCCACCCAUAGCCAGACGGCUGGAACUUCGGAUAGUCCCUCGGGGAUCGCGAGGCAAGGAUCAAAUGGCAUCCCCGGACCCAGCGGCAGCUUUGAGCCUGGGUAUGCUACCGGGCCCGCGCCGUAUGGCACGUCAUACGGAGUGAACAGACCUCCAUCGUUCCCUCCACAUUCCCCGUCACCCUUGUUCAGCCCCGGAGCAGAACGGCCUGAGAGCCUAAGGGACCCGAUGCUGCCCACCUUUUCCGGUGGUGGCUCUGGCGAAGUUCGGAAUCAUGACCACUUGUUUCCACUGUUCCGGCCGAACCCUGGGUUGGGGCUGGAUGGCGAGGAUGAUCUUCGUGAUGGUCUUGCCAACGCGUCUGCCAGUCAAUCCCCAUCACCUGGUGGAGGUUCGCCACCCGGCGGAGAUUACGACAACAUGUUUAUGGAUAUGACGCAUCCCGACGGCGACGUGAACAACGAAGCAGGUCCUAGUCUUGAACAUGAAGCCAGCCAUGCAAGCGAAGCCUUGGACAUGAUCCGGACUGCCAGUCAUGACUCGGCAAACGACCAUGGCGAAUUAGACGAUGGAGAUCAUGUGUCGAAGCAUUUUGACGAUUUUCUCAAUGGGGACGGGCCAAGCUGA